AUGGCGUCUGCUACUGCAUCGACUCCAGUAAAGAGCCACCAUGGGCUCUUCUCCUCCAAGACUGCUGGAGGCCGUAUGCCUCUGAGCCCUUCGCCCAACCCUCGCGCAAGCGGCCACUCGUCACCCUUCACCCCUCCUCGCCAGUCUGAUGCCGGCCGCAGUCAAGCCAAGUCAGUAUACGGUGGAAAUCUCUCCGCCCACUUUGCCAAGUCCAUCUCAAAAGCAGCUCGUGCCACCCACCGUGACUCUCCCAAGACGAACAAGUCGAACAUUGCCAGCACCCGCACCCGCAAGUCACCCAAGCACUUGGAGCUCGGUGUCUCGGACUGGACUUUGACCGGCACAAGUGCGACAACAGCCAACACUCCUUCAAAGGAGCACGCCCGCCGCGAGAUUCCUACCCGGGCUCGUGCCAGCAAGACAACUGUGCGCAUUCCUCACAACGCGGGUGACCGUUUUAUUCCCAACCGCACUGCAAGUGAAGGUCUAGCCACUAGCGGGGCCGCAAAGCCAGAGGAGAAACAACGCCCUAAGAGCGGUGGAGCUGAUGGAUCAUCGGUACUCGCCUCGGCAGCCAGCGCUUUUGACAUUGGUGCGCGUGGAUCGGAUGAUGACCUUACCGCUGCUUUGGAGAACUUGGGUCUGGAUGACAAUGAGCCUUCUACCUAUACUCGCCCGGCUCCUGAUGCCGUGGCCUACAAAUCCUCUCUGGCUGAAGCUUGUGGGGUGAACAUGAACACUCGCAUUCUUGCCUUUAAGCCUCCCCCUCCCGAGUCAUCGAAGCCCAUUGAUCUUCGUGCUCAAUAUAACCGUCCUCUCCGCCCUGCCAAAUCUACAGCUGCCCAGUUCCGUCGCCGUGUCCAAACUGCGCCCGAACGGGUCUUGGAUGCCCCGGGUCUUUUGGAUGACUACUAUCUCAAUUUGCUUGACUGGAGCUCUGGCAAUCAGGUCGCCAUUGGACUUGAGCGAAACGUUUAUGUCUGCAGCGUCAAGUGGAGUGGGGACGGUGCGUACGUCGGUGUUGGCUUGGGAACCGGUGAGGUCCAGAUUUGGGAUGUUGAGGAAGGUUCCAAGCUUCGCAGCAUGUACGGCCACGACUCCCGCGUCGGUGUUAUGGGCUGGAACAAGCACACUCUGUCCACCGGAGCUCGUAGCGGGCUUGUCUUCAACCACGAUGUUCGCAUCGCAGAGCAUAAGAUCGCUGAGCUCGUCUCUCAUACCUCCGAGGUGUGCGGUCUCGAAUGGCGCUCUGACGGCGCUCAGCUCGCCACUGGUGGAAACGACAACCUCGUCAACAUCUGGGAUGCUCGCUCUCUGAGCGCUCCCAAGUUCACCAAGACCAACCACCGCGCCGCCGUCAAGGCUCUGAGCUGGUGCCCUUGGCAAUCCAACCUCCUCGCCACUGGUGGUGGUUCCUAUGACCGUCACAUUCAUUUCUGGAACACCACCACCGGUGCCCGCACCAACAGCAUUGACACUGGCUCCCAGGUCACUUCCCUGCGCUGGAGCAACCACUACCGCGAGAUUGUCAGCUCUAGCGGCUUCCCCGACAACUCUCUCAGUAUCUGGAGCUACCCAACGUUGGUGCGCAACGUUGAGAUCCCUGCUCACGAGACUCGCGUUCUCCACAGCGCUAUCAGCCCUGAUGGACAGAUGCUGGCCACCACUGCUGCCGACGAGAGUCUGAAGUUCUGGAAGAUCUUUGAGCGCAAGGCUGGUAGCAGUGCGUCCUCUGCUCGCGAGGGUGGUGUCGGCAGCAAGGCUCAGAUGACCAAGUCUAUGACCAUCCGCUAG